CAAUGAAUACAAUGUUUAACACUUCGAACUGUUUCGUUAUUCAAAAUAUUAGGUCAUUUUUUGUUUUAGAACAAAACGAACUUUUAUUAUUAUAUUUAGGAUGAAAUAAUUAAGUACAAAAUGUUCAGAAGGCUGAAUCAGUCAACUCCCUGUUGAUAUUGAUUUCCUGUGAGACAAUUACUAAGUUAGUUGGAUGUAAAAUCUUAGAUCAAAAUAAUUUCAUUAUUGCUCAAGUCGACUUGUGCUUAUUCGUGUGCUUAGUUAUUUAUCAGUGUCCAAGUUCCUUGUCAACUUCAAUACAUUUAUAAUUGUUUUAUUUCAAUUUGUUUUUAAAUAAGUUAAAGAUGUCCACAAGUGGCUCAGCUCCUGUUCGUGCUAGAGGCAGAGCAUCAUCAUCACAUCGACGUUUUGUCAGACCUCCUCGCCAGUUUGCUGCUGAAGCACCAAUACGGACAAUUCCUCCGGAUUUAAUUACCAAGGUGGGUCAAGGAGGAGCACCUGUUCGUCUUUAUUCAAAUCAUUUUUUGAUGAUAACUCCUACCAAUGUGAUUAUCUAUGGAUAUCACGUAAAUUUUGACCCGAUUGUUGAGUCUCCUAAAAUCAGAAGAGAGCUUAUUCAUUCACAUCGCGAGGUAUUUGACAAUACUUACAUUUACGACGGUGGUGCUGAUAUAAAGGCUUUAAGAGAAAUCGCAGAGCCAUUGAGCCUUCAAGCCGUAUGUUCACACAAUAGGCAGAGUGUUACACUAACUAUCAAGCCCACUGGAAAGAUUUCAUGGGGCCAUCCAGAAAUGCUGCGUCUUUACAAUACACAGAUGCGACGUAAUCUCAAGUUAAUUGGAAUGAUCCAGAUCGGGAACAAUUUUUUCAACCAAGCUGAAAGAAAAGACAUUCCUGACCAUCGAGUUGAAGUCUGGCCUGGUAUAUUGACUGCUAUCAAUGAACAUGAUGGAGGUAUAAUGACUGUCAUCAGCUGCUUACAUAAAAUUAUAAGAAGAGACUCAGCUCUUGACAUAUUAAAGCGGCUUUGGCAACACGACAAACAAUUCUUUAGAAAUAAUGCUCGUCGUGAACUAAGUGGCUCAAUUAUUAUGUCUAGUUACAAUAAAAAGACUUACCGGAUUGAUGACAUUAUUUUCGAUAAAAAUCCAGUCACCUAUCGCUUUGAUAAACAAGGUACAUCAAUCUCAUUAAAAGAUUAUUAUAAAGAUCAAUAUACAAUUGAAGUAAGAGAUGAUGCCCAACCUCUCCUUUUGGUUAAACCAACUGAGAAACAACAGCGCGGAGGAAUUAAACGAGAUAUUGUCCUUAUACCUGAACUGUGUAUAUUAACUGGCAUCACUGAGAGCAUGAAGAAUGACAUGUCAUUUCGACGUGAAUUGGAUCAACACAUUCGCCUGGAUCCAGUUGAAAGGCUAAAUAUAAUGAAAAAAAGUGUGGAAAAAAUAAUUAACAGCGAACAAGCUCGAGCCGAAAUGGAACAAUGGAACAUAGCAUUAGAUCCUUACCCAGCUGAAGUAAAUGGAAGAGUUCUGCCUCCUGAACAGAUUUUCCUGACUGACGAAACCCGUGGAAUUCCAUAUGAACAACAAUCUGGAUCUUUUGAUUCCCUUAUAAGAUCUGAACAGCUGAUUAAACCGGUUGCCUUGGAAUAUUGGGUGAUUGUUGCCCCUAUGCGUGAAAGGGGUACAGUUGAACAGUAUCUUGAUUCCUUGGUAAACGUUGCAAGACCACUAGGAAUCAAACUCGAUGCUCCUAAAUUUUAUUGGCUUGAAAAUGAUCGAACAUCAACUUAUAUUGAGACUUGUCGUAAAAUUCCAAAAGGGGCUAAAAUGGUUCAUGUUGUUGUACCUAACAACAAUCGAGAGCGAUACAAUACAAUCAAACGGUAUUUUUGCUGCGAACAACCCUGUCCAACUCAAGUUUUAACUCUCAGAGUCUUGAAUAAAAAGCAACUUACAAUUUCUACUAAACUUGUGCUUCAAAUGUCCAUCAAAAUGGGUGCUCAAGCAUGGUCAGUCCAUAUUCCGGCUCAAAGUACAAUGUUUGUUGGUUUUAAUACUUGUAAAGACACUGCUAAAAGAGGCCGAACCGUUGGAGCUUUUGUUUGUAGCACAAACGCAAAAUCAACUUCAUGGUUUUCCCAAGUUUCUUAUCAUAAAACAUUCGAAGAAAUGUCUUCUAAUUUUACAGCCAAUCUCAAAAGUGGACUGAAAGCUUGGAAUCGAGAAAACAACCGUUUUCCCGAGCGUAUAAUUAUCUAUCGUGAUGGUGUUUCAGAGGGACAAAUUGGCUUUAUUUAUAAAACCGAAGUUAAGAAAAUAUCAGCCCUUCUUGGUGAACAUCCAGACCUCAAAGAUGCUGGAAUUGCAUUCACAAUUGUUAAUAAGCGAGUUAACGCAAGAUUUUUCUUGAGACCAGGUCCAAAUGACCCUGUAAAGAAUCCCAUUGCCGGUACUGUCGUCGAUUCAGUUGUAACACGAAAGGAGAGAUACGAUUUUUAUCUAAUCAGUCAAUCAGUUCGAUUUGGAACCGUCAAUCCAACCAUGUAUAACAUAAUAAAGGAUACCACUCGAUGGAAACCGAUCCAUCAUCAAUUACUGGCCUACAAAUUAUGUCAUCUUUAUUAUAAUUGGACUGGUACAAUUUCUGUUCCAGCGCCAUGUCAUUAUGCAUAUAAAUUGGCCUUUUUGAUUGGUAAUUGCAUCCAUCAGGAGCCUGAUCAUACUUUAGCAAACCAACUCUACUUUUUAUAAUCAAUCACAAAGAAAACUCUAAUCCAUAUGUCUGUCUUUUCUUAUUAUAUUUCACCUUUUGUUCAUUUCCUUUUGAAGAUUGCAUUAUAUUAAAAAAUGAAUUUGAAUUAAAA